UCAGAACCCGUUGAUUUUCAAGACUGGCGAUGCAAUUUUAAGAUGAACAAAUAUAGCUUCACCCCUGAGACUGUAGGACUCUCAGGAGUCCAUGAGCACACUGAUCCAGGGUUUCUCACAGUUGUUCAAGAUGAUGACCUUAUUGAUGGUCUUGAAGUCUUACACCUUCCCUCUGGUUCCUUUAUUCCAGUCCCUCCUUUAUCUGGCACCUUCGUUGUUAAUCUCGGGGAUGUUGCUCAUGUGUGGAGUAAUGGAAGGUUUCCAGGUGUGCAUCAUCGUGUGCUAUGCAAGGAAGGAAGGACCAGAAUUUCAGUAGUGGCAAGUUUGCAAGCACCAAGGCAUAGGGAUGUUGAAGUUGCAAAAGAGUUUGUGGACGCAGACCACCCACCUCUCUUUAUGCCUUUCACUUUCGAACGUUACAUUGAGUCUCGUUGGGCCAAAAAUAUGAGAGUUGGUGAAGCGCUUGACUUCUUGCGUGUUGAUCACCCUUCAAAUACUGUUUCAGCUUGAUGUGCUUUAGGGGAGAUGAGUAAGAGAGAAAUAAAAUAAAUACUACCUCUUGAGCCUUUUCAAGAGAAAUAAGUUGUAGUUAAGUUUUAACUAUAACUUGUUCCUUUAUAAGUAGGGUUGGAGGUAGGUAAUAAGUUUCAUCAUUAUAAGUUCUUUCUUAGUGUUUUUAUAGUGUUGCUUGGGGUACUUUAUGAUGAACUCAGAGAAAGGGAUAGAGGAGUGAAGCUGGCCCCUUAUGUUAGACUCAUGUGCUAAUAAAUAGG